AUGUUUUGUCCGUAUUGUGCAAAUCUUCUUGUGGUAGAGCCUGCAAGCCAAGGCAUGAGAUUUGCUUGCAAGACUUGUCCCUAUGAGCAUAAAAUUUUGAAAAAGAUCAAGAAAACAACACCUUUAGAACAAAAGAAGGUGGACGAUGUUCUUGGCGACUCGUUUGCAAAUGCUUCCAUGACAGAUGUGAUCGGUGGAUGCCCUAAAUGCGGACAUCCUAAGGCCUACUUCUUUUCGAUACAGAUUCGCUCAGCCGAUGAGCCGGCCACUCGAUUUUAUCGAUGUGCAAGAGGGGCUGAGUGCACAUACACUUGGAAAGAGGACAACUGA